AUGAACCUUCCUCUCACUAUUGACGACGUGGACAUGGGGGGCGAGUGGAGCGAGUUCGUCAUCCGGGACCCCGAGAGGCUGGCCAGGCUGUGGGAGGAGAGGAAGGGCAAGCCGCACAUGAACUACGACAAGCUCAGCCGGGCGCUGAGAUACUACUACAACAAACGCAUCCUGAACAAGACCAAAGGAAAGAGAUUCACCUACAAGUUCAACUUCAGCAAACUGAUCCUGGUCAACUAUCCGGGCUGCUCGCCUCCACCUGCUCCGCCUCCAGCUCCACCCAGCCACCAGCUGGCGCCGAGCGGCUCCCUUCCCUUCCCCCUCCACCCGGGCUGCGGGGGUCUUCCUCCGUGUGGAGGCGCCCUCUCGGCGAGCAACGCAGUGUUGGUCCCUCCCCCCUUCUUGCUCCCGUGCUGCCUCCCCAAGCCCAUCCCGACGCCUCGAGCACUACCCGGCCACUUCCCCUUCAUCUCCGCCGCGCGUCAGGGGGGCCACCCGGGGGACUCGGUCCUCCCGCCCAUCCCCUCGGCCCAUCAGUGA